UAAUUUGAUUUUAUCUACGAAAUACUAAAUUUACAGUUGAAGAAUAGAAAGGAUUUUAGGUUUUGAUUUGGAGUGACGCAUGGGUCGACGUCGGCUAAUCAAAGCCACCGUAGCGGAAGCAAGUAGGGAUUUAAUAAGUCCUCUGCCGGUAGAGAUAAAGCACAGAAUUUUGGAGUGUUUGCCCACCCAAGACGCUGCCAGAACUGCUCUACUCUCAACCCACUGGAAUGAUGUUUGGUUGAAGCAUGGGAGGCUUUCAUUCGGUUGGGACUUCUCAAAUAGUCUCCAACACGGUCAAUAUGGUGAAGGCAGAACUCUCGUUGACAUAAUAAAUAGAAUUCUCCUUUCCCGUGCUGGACCGGUUAAGAAAUUUACUCUAGGGAUGUCAAAUUAUUAUCGGCAGUCUGAUUUGAAUAGUUGGUGUCUUUUUCUAUCAAGAAAUGGUGUCGAGGAGCUUAACAUGGAGAGGCUAAAUAUAAGCUGCCAUUUUGUAUACUCUCGUGCCGGACAAUUAAGCAAUUGAGUGUCGAAGGCCCCUUUAUUGAUUUGCCGGUAAAUAAUGUUUGUGGUAUAUUUUCCAAUGUCACUGCAUUAUUUUUCUCAUGUGUUGAAUUUCGACGCACUGUUAAUAGAACUGCCUCUAGUAUUAGUAUUCCUAACCUUGAGAAGCUGGAUUUCUGUGAUUGUGGAGGGAUUAAUAAAUUUGAGAUCAGUGCUUCAAAACUUGAAAUGUUGUCUGUUCGUGGUUCUGUGUAUAAUGUGGUUGAAUCAAGAUGGUUGACACCACAUUUGAAAGCAAUUAAGGCUCUUUGGUUGUGUGGCUCUUCCUUGCCGUAUAUGGACGCAUCUUUGUUUGCAACUGCAAUAAAUCUCCAAGUACUGGGGUUGUAUGAAUUAAGUUUUGGUUGUGAGAAGCAGCUCACCUAUGCUAUGCAAUUGCUUCAAAAAUGCCCCAACCUAUGUGAACUGAGAAUUAUGGCUCAUCAAGUUGAGUAUACAAACGUGAUAAAGAAGCUGCUUCAAGACUUUUGGAAGAUCCAGAUGGUUGCUUUAUUGUUCAGGAUCUAAAGAUGCUUAACACAAUCAAGAUUGAAUCAUUUUGUGGAUCCACAGUGAAAAUGCUUUUUGUAAAAAUGCUGCUCUCAAAAUCCCCCGCACUAGAGAAACUUGUUAUUAUGGAAUCUCGUUAUAUUGACACAUCCGUAGCUAUGAAAAGCCUAAGGGAGUUGUUGCGUUUUCCUCGUGCAUCUACAAAAGCCCAAAUUGUUUGCAUGGAAUACAACGACUCCAUGUUUGGUUGGACCACGGGCAUAUUGAGGUCAAUCAUGGCUUGGUAGAGUGUGCAUAAAGAUGCAAAGGUGAUAAAAGCGUAGCUCUCGAUCUCUUGUGCCAUGCUAGCUGCCGUGUUAAGUAAUUUAUAUUACUCUAUGCACUAAAUGUGGAGUAAGAAACUGGAUCUUAUAGAGUAUAUAUUUGGCAAUCAUGAUUUUCUUUUUUCUUAAUUUCCUCAUGGUUGUACUUAAUUUUCAUUUCUUGUUGAGUUGUAGACAUGUUUAUCUAAUGAGAUAAGACUUUUGGAGGAUCUUACUGA